UUCAUUCCGGUACGGUACUGAAAUAGUUGAAAUUUUCGCCGCAAGGUUCUGCACGCUGUCAAACUUUUCAUUUAAUACUCUCAAUAUUAAUUUGGCAAAACGCGAAAUAAUAUUAAUAUAACUUCUGCCGCAAGAUGAUGUAGGCUGUUAUUUUUGGCUUGGCAAUUUGUUUUUCAAACAGUAGUUUUAAAAAGGUUGAAGAGGAAAAAGAGAGGAGCUUCUUUCCUUGUUUUUGUUCAUCUACAUCAAACAGUUUAGAACCGGCAUGGCAAACAGUUCAUGGUUUUAUGAUGAAUUUAAACUGGUCACAUUGAACGAAAUGAAAGAUGCACCAAGAACAUUGAGGCAGGCAGACGCCUGCAAGGAACAUGAUGAAAAACGAAGAAGUAAAGAAGAGAAUAAUGCCAGUUCACGCCGAUUGGUGCUGUUAAACCUGGCUGCUGCUCUACGAAAAAGCCAAGAGAGAUGAGACAGUCAUCCAAAGAUGAAUGCCAAUAUUUUUGGUUUCAUCUCAAGAAUGGCAGACUCCACAUCUACUUGUAUGAUGGCUAAAUGUGAAAUCCAUUUAGCUCCGUGUUUUCAUCACCAGUACAUUCUACAUUGAUUCCCUCAUCGGUUGGUGAUUGCACCAUGAAAUGAAUGGAGUUCCAUUUCACGUUGAAGCAACAAUAAUCAACUUGAAUGGACUAAUAAAGAGGUUGAAACCAGCUUCCAUGUCAAGAUGAGAGUGCACGGUCCACAUCCAAUUCACUUCGUACUUCUCUUCGGCCUUUUUCAGAUGUGUACCUUGGCACGACACCACCGAGGCUCAUCGGUGGCAGUUCCGGUGCCCACACGAGAGACAAUAGCACUGGUGGCGCGGGAGAUGCGGGCGGCCACCUUUGAGGAGACGGUGGAGGGCGACGCUGGAGGCGGGAGCAGUGGAGGCGGCGGAGGCGGCAGUGGGGGCAGCAGACGAGUGCAGCGCAAACUGGUGACCGGAGUGCAGGACAUCGACACCAAUGCUAAUCCGGGAGUCAGCGUCGAUUUACUCGAGUAUCAGGGAGUGAUGGGUCGUCCAGGAGUGGACUUCCCCGUACUGCCCGGCAUCCCUAGCACAGCCUUCAGCUGCCGCAGUGUCCGCGCACCCGGCUACUAUGCUGACCUCGACACCGACUGUCAGGUGUUCCACAUCUGUGACGGCGGGCGCAAGAUCUCGUUCCUGUGUCCGAACGGCACAAUCUUCCGGCAGUCGCACCUCAUCUGCGACUGGUGGUUCCGGGUCGACUGCGGCAAGUCGGUCGAGCAGUACGCCGAGAGUGCCGAACAGCUGGCAGCCGAUCAGCAGGUGUACAAGGCACGCGCAGCCGCCAUCACGCGCGCCAUGCAGCGCGGAGCAGCACUCACCGCCAGUCAGGAGUUGGAGCGAACAGCGGCUCCGUCCUCCACCGUCGAUUACCUCCCCAACGGACAGAAACGUAAAACCUCUUCAUCAUCGGUAUCCUCCUCAUCAUUCUCCAGUGCACAGGUACAAGAUGACAGUCCUGACUCCUUUGAGCAACAACUCAACAAACGUCGCCAACGACCACCAUCCACCAAAUCCUAUAAAUCCUCGGAAAAAGAGCGACAGAUCCCCGCCGAAACCGCGUCGUUCGCCAGUGGCCGCAACAGCCAGCAGUACUUCCAACACGUCUACUACCGCACCACCAGCCCCUCACCCCUCUCAUCCUCGGGCAAAUCCUAUAUCGAAUUAGACAGGAACCGCAACAACAUUGUUGUACCCUCACCUUCACCCUCAUCAACCACCCAGGUCUCAAGGAAGAUGCCUCACAGAGGUAACAUCAAAUCAACAGCCAGCACUUCCAGCCCUAUUUUCACUGUCAAAGUACGGCCUAGCAAGAACUUCUCCUAUGUUGAACUGCAUCGCACAAACCUAACAACCACCACUGAUCGUGCUGAUAAGAAGAGUGGCGUACUCCAAGCUGUUGAGUUCUCUCCAAACAACAAUAAUAAUGUCAACCCGACUGUGGUAUCACAAUAUAAGAAUGUAAACAACCCAUCGGUAGUAUCACAUACUAAUGUGAACCCCACAGUAGUAUCACAAUAUAGUAAUGUGAACAACCCUUCAGUAGUACCACAUAAUAUAAACAACCCUUCAGUAGUACCACAUAAUGUUAACAACCCUUCAGUAGUACCACAUAAUGUGAACAACCCAUCUGUAGUAUCACAUAAUGUGAACAAUCCAUCACAUCCAGUAACUAUGAUAUCUGAAAUCAGUGGAGUAACAGUUACUCCCAACAGUCAGUCAGGCACCUCUACAACUACAACCACUACUAGUUCAUCUGUGUCAGGUAGUUCGAAUAAUAAUUUGAGGGGGUCAGACAGCGCACAUUUUGUGACAGUUAGCCCUCCAUUCAGUACCGCUUCGCCGUUUUUCAGUGCCAGCUCUUAUUCGCCCGAAUUAGACCAGGUGUACUUCACCACUGCUAAACCGGCCUUCUAUGAUUCUAAUAUCGAUCUGUUCAAUUUUAAUGUUGGUCAAACUGUGAACCCUAAUCCACCCACGGUCUUUUAUAACAAUGAAGUUACAACUCCUGAAACAGAUGUAGGUACUCAGAACUAUUUUGUGUACAACAGUAAUGCGAUUAGGGGCAAAAAUUUGAAGGAUAAGGAGAAGCUUGAGAUUAGUCCCGAAACUGUGAACUCUCUCCAACAUAUUGCUGAUAGUUUGAGUACUGGAAACAAGACUAACCACUUGUCUGAUGAUGCAGGAGCCAAAGCUUUACAUUCACUCGCCUUGUACUUCGCCUCAUCCAACUCAGAUACAGGUAGUGGAAGCAGUUCUGGUAGUUCGUCCCUAGAAGACAAAUCACAACAAAAAUUGAACAAACCGUCGGUGUCUGAGAUUUUUCUGCGUGCUCACUCGGGAAGCCCCGAUGCUGAGUUGGAGAUCGAUGAUAGACAAUCGACUGAAAUAAUUGAUGUUGAUGACAAGGAGUUGCCGUCAGUGUUGACGAAAACUACUAAAGAUUCUUAUGCCUAUUUGUUUCCAGAGAUUGCAAAUAAAACUGAUGAUUCUAAUAGCACAGAUGUUGAUCCUAGUUCAAGGGAAGGGAAGAACCAGAAACUGAAGGAAGUAGAUGUGAAUGUAAAUGUUGAAAAUACGGUAAAGGAACAAAAAAGUAACGAUUUGGAGUUAGAACAGAGUAGGGGUAUUGUGCAGCCUAUGCCCAGUGCAACUCCCACAGUUGCAAACAAGCAGGAUUUACAUUUGAGAGAUUCUACGGAUCUGAGAGAACUGGCACAAGUAUUCAGUCGGGCGUUGUCGGCAUAUUUGGAAGACCCAGAUACGUUUAGGAGGGUGUUGUCUGAAGUGAGGCCCACCGAACCCACCCCAGCUGAUGGUACUAUGCCACCUGAUGAAUCCGGUGAUGAAGUGUUGGACUUUUCAGAUGUGAAAUCGGUUAACAACAAUGCAUACCAAGUCCCUGCCACAACUCCAGAACCAGAAGUGUUGACAACUGUUUCCCCAACACAGGACAACUUUUUCAGUAUUUCUGACAUUAACAACCUGGCUCACCAAGAUAACUCAUCACCCGAACCUUCAAUCCACCUUGCAGCGCCCCCUGUCUCACAGCGGUUCAACUAUUUCACAACUCCCAGCUCCUCAUCUAUUGCAAAUAACAUAAAUAACUUCCUUGGCAUUGACAACAAUCGUUCCUACAUUGAAUCGCCAGAUUACUACACACAUGAGUCGUUCGACAACUAUUUCCCUGAGUUUCCAACCGCUGGAGGUGUGAACGACCCAAGUCGUCCCAGGUAUGGAGGCUUCCAUAACAAUUCGAAAGUUGAAAGCACAACCGCUUACUCACCAUAUGGUGCCGGUGUGCCUCAUAAUUUGACAGGUCAACCUCUGACUGGUGCACCAUUCAAUGGCAACAGGCUUCAAACUCAACCUCAACCAGAACCUACUACUUUGUAUCCAACUUUACAAACAAGCAUUAAUAUACACACCAUCCCUGAACAUUUAAAUGUUGUCCCUGCUUAUGAUGUCAACACUCUGUUAACUAGUAACAACAACAACAACAACAACAAUGUUCAAUCAUCUACCAACACACCUGUUCCUGCAGCAUCAAGUACUGUCAAAUACCAGGUGGAUGAUUUUGAACACAACCCAGAUCAUGACAAACUAUUCAUAGCAUCCAACAGUCAAUCGUUAGUUUCUCGUGAUAACUAUUUACGCUACCUCAAUAGCAAGUAUGUAGAUAACCGAGUAACAGAGGGAAAUAGUUUGAAAGAUGCGUAUAGAACUGUGGCUCCUGUAUACAGUUAUGGUGAGAAGAUGGUGCAGAAACCAAGUGUGAAAGACAGUGUACAGAAUAAUGUACCAGUGUAUAAGUCACAGGAUAAUAGACCAGUGUAUAAAACACAAGAUUCAGCUCCCAUAUAUAAAUCACAAGAUACUGCUCCAGUAUAUAAAUCACAAGAUUCUGCUCCAGUUUAUAAUUCGCAAGAUGCUGGAUCUUUGUAUAAAUCGGUGAAUUUGGGUAAUGGGGUGACUUUGGAGAAAACUAAACAAGAGCAACAAGAGAAGGGGAGUACUAGCAAAGUAACAUGGACAGUGUCACCGAUAAUCGACACCCCAGAACCUAUAAGAGCUGUGGACCACUCACCAACCCACGCUCCAAUCAUCAGGUCUUCUACCAGUGAUUUACUGCCCACAACUUACCAUCCUUCAACAAGUCAACCCUUUGAAGGUAUCCCACCACGCAACUACCAGAGACCUAGCUGGAAAUGGGAGUCUGACGCUCUUAGAGUUGAGAAUUUGAAACAGCAGUCGUCAUCAUCAACACCUUCCUAUUCACCGACUGUAGGGUCCAAGGAUCAGGACUUCUUCACUCCAACGCCCAUGCCGUCUGUAGGUGAUUAUUCGUCCGCGGCCUCCACGCUUGUCCCCAGUAUGUUGGCAAUAGUUAGUAACGCUCCUAACUUUGAGAAGAAAGCUGAAGAGAUGUUCGGGAAUUUGAACGAGACAGCUGCCAAUACUCUGAUGGAAAUCAUGGACAAGGCUGAAUCGAAUAUGACGAUUAGGAGGCUGGUGUUGUUGCUGGUAGCUGAUAGAAGUGGCAGGGAGAAUAAGACUGUCCAGGAGUCACGGUCUCAGCUGAUCCAAGCUCUACUAAGAAACCCUGGUAAGAAAGAUUCAGGUGAAGAUAAUGCUUACAGGAAAGAUGUAUGGGGAUCGAAGAGUGGGGGUAUCAGCUCAACUUCCUCACCAACCACCACAUUCUCCACCACCACUACAACCACAACCACACAAAGACCGUCCACGUCGUGGCCGACGAGAAAUCAAAACAGUAAAUCACUGCGAGGCACUGACGCGGCUACAGCAAAUAGGGGAAGUAUACGAGAGAAUUUCCCCACGGAACCCGAUAGUAGAGCCGUUGAACUAUUAAAAUCGUUGUAUACAUUAGCUGCAAGGUGGGGAUAGUAUUUUACAAGUCUUGUGAAUUACUUUGAUGAAAUAAUUGGAAGCUAGCCUUCCAAAUGUACUGCAGCAUUGAUCAAAGACUUGUGAACUGAGUCAUUUUUGUCAGUAGUGGUACAGCCAUAAUCUAAUUACUUCUUAUUGCCUCAACAAGCUGAAACGAUGAAAAAUUGGCUUUCAAGAAUGUUAAUUCCCAAAGUUUUCGAAAUUUUAUUAUUUAUACUUUUAAAAAAUGACUUGAAUUGUGUUAUUAUGGAAAAACAUUAUUAAUAUGUUUAAAAACACCAUAACAAGAAACUUUUCACUAAAAGAGGAUGCUUGGACGAAAAACUUGAGGAUAGUAGAAUGUUAAUCUUUGAAUGUUCACUUUAAUUUCUCUGUUUCAAGACUUUUUAAACCGUCUUAUAAGGAAAUGAAUCCUAUGUAACAAUAAGGCAGAAUUGAACUGUACCCUAUAGUAUUCACAUAUUAUUACGAAUUUAUUAUCAAUCACAUCUUAUACUACUUAAUUUUAUAUUAUGUUACCAUACCAAGAAACUAUUUGGCAGAUGACAUCAUCAUUUAAUCCAACAUACUUAUGUAUUAGCUCUGAUAGCUCAGUAUUAUCAGUUACAUUUUUCUAUCAUGUUACUCUCUAAGAGUGCAGAUAUUCCAUUUUGUUGAAUUUGUAAAUAUUAUAAGCCUAUAAUAUGAAUAUUGAUUUUGGGUAAUGAAUUGAUUGAUCUUGAGGGUUGAAAACCACUGAUGAAAAUUCCUUGUCUCCUAUUAUCAUCUUCUAUGACAAAAUGUGUUACCUAUAUUUUUACUUUAGUUAUAAUUUCCGACUAUGGUGGAAAAUGCGACAUUUAUACAAUGUAAGCUCUCUUAUUAGAGGGACUGUGAACUAACAAAAAUCUAAAAAUGCAAAUUACAAUACUCUCUACUGUUAUUAGAUUGGAUUAUUUAUAUAAAAUGCAAUUGAAUAUUUUUAUAUGUUUAUCAUACUUCAGACUCUGUAUACUUUAUUGAAAAUCUUGCAACUUACUAUAUUAUGGUAUUUAUAUUGUUUGAUGGAAAACCUACUUUGUACAUAGAUUCAAUCAAUAUUUUUUUAUCGUAAUUUAUUAAUCUUGUUGCAAUAUUACCUCCCAGGCGAGCUAUUGUACUGAACACUUUGAGCUCAGAAUUCUAAAUUGAUAUUUUUUUAAAUAAAAUUAGUUAAGCUAUAUUUUUCAGAAUCACUAGGAUAAGUUUUCAUCAGUUUAGUAAUCAACGUUUUACCACAAUAGUCUCCAGAAACAAGAAUGCUUCUUCAAGUAGUAAUUACAAAUCAACAGCUCAAUGUAAGCAAACUUUAUUUCCAAACCUAUACCAUACCAUACCAUGAUAAUAUUGUGAGGUUUUGUAAGUUGUGUGAAUGAGUGUGUAUAUCUGUGAGAGUUUUAUUUUUUAUUUUGAAAGUGUAUAGGAAUAAAUGAGAAUAAUAAUUCUUUAAAAUGUAAAAAAAUAAUGAAUCAUGAUAGUUUCAUGUACAGUGCAUAAUGUGAAUUAUGUUUUGUUUUGCAUUAUAAAGUUGAUCGCUCAAAACUGGUUAUUGAAAUAUUUUUCUAAAAAAUUUGUAAAGUGCUGAAAACGUUUAAUAGUAAUACAUCAUUUUGACAAUUCAAGAAAAUUCAGUUUUAUACAAAGAUACAAAAUGUGUAAUUAAAAUACAUAAAUAUAUGAUGAUUGAAUAACAUCAGCCAUAAUAAGGAUAAUUUUAAACAAUUAUUUAUAUGUACAUAACGUUUAUCCAGUUGUAACUAUUUAAACAAUUUUUAGAAAUAAAUAGUUAUCUUUAAUAAGCUUGUUGUUUUUCUUU